UACACUAUGUAACAAGGUUUUUGUCCCUGGGUUGUAAUUGUUAUUUCCUAGUCAGUUAGGUCCCAAAAGUAUAGAAAACAGCUAUUGUCGCAAGAUAACUUUGCUUUUGUGACCAUGGCAGGGAACAACGUCAAGUGGGAGCCCUUGGUGGACCCCCAGAAGGUACUGAUGCCACCACUCCACAUCAAACUGGGUCUUAUAAAGCAAUUCGUCAAAGCUCUCGACAAAAAUUCUUCAGCGUUCAAGUACCUACAAGACUUGUUCCCUAAGCUCUCUGAGGCGAAAGUUACAGCCGGUAUCUUCGUUGGACCACAAAUAAAGAAAAUCUUCGAGUCUGAGGAAUUCCCCAAGAAGCUCACUCGUGUUGAGAAAGCUGCUUGGAUGAGUUUUAUGUCAGUGGUACAGGGAUUCCUAGGCAAUCACAAAGCCGCAAACUACGUGGAGCUGGUCGAAAGUCUGGUGGAGAACUACGGCAAAAUGGGCUGCAGGAUGUCUCUCAAACUCCAUAUUCUGGAUGCACAUCUUGACAAAUUCAAGGAGAACAUGGGAGCAUAUUCAGAGGAGCAAGGCGAGCGCUUCCAUCAGGAUAUAAUGGAAUUUGAGCGGCGAUACCAAGGACAAUACAAUGAGAACAUGAUGGGAGAUUACAUUUGGGGAUUGAUUAGAGAAAGUGACUCGCAGUUUAAACGCAAAUGUCGAAAAACCACCCGCUUCUGAUUUACUUUUAUGUUUUUGGUUUUCUGAAGUUUUAAUAAAAUUUAGUUUUGAUUUAUAUGUGCUGUUCUGUAUGAUUUUCUCUGUAGUGAAAGACUCAAACACGUUUUUCUCAUAAUUUUAGCAUAUUUUAAUGAAUCACAUUGUCCUGGUCACAAAAGCAAAGUUUCCGAGGAAUAUUAGGUGGUUUCCAUACUUUUAAGGCAUAACAGACUAGGAAAUAACAAUUACAUCCCAAGGACUGAGAAAUUUUUUUUUUUUGUUACUUAGUGUUAU